AUCUCUGUGUGUCAUCGAGCUGUGCACUUAGUCUAAAACCAAGCUCCGAAACACGAGACACUGACAGUCAUGAGUCGUAUGUGCUGAAAACCUUCAAUUAUGAAUUUGAACGUUGAACCUUCCAAGACUGUGCAACCUGCUGAACCCCAGGGAGAGAAUAUACCCUUAAUAAAAGCAACAGUAUCUGAAGCAUCACCGGCACAGAUUUCAGAAGACCACACUCCGAGCUCUAAAUGCAUUGAACUCCAGGCACUGGGUGUGCCCAUUUUAGCAGAGACAAGAUUGGAAGCAUCGCCUCAGCUAACAGCACAAGACCCCAGCCUGGGAUCAGAAUUGACAGCACCGGCAUCAAAGGAUGACUCUUCUCUCACAACAAAACCGACUGAGCCCCAAACUGUGCCCUUGUUGGAAACGUCAGUAGCAGAGGGCCCCUCAGAAUCUGUGCAUCGCAGGCGUUGGCGCAGGAGACUCAGACCCCGCAGGCGACCACCGCGUGCAACUAAGAGGAUCCUUGUUCUUCUCUGUGCAGUCACCAUUUUCUCUGCCAUUGUAGUUGGAAUAUACUUUGCAGUGAAGCAUUUGGAGAGACCGAUUGAGAAUAAAAACUCCAUACCUACUGGAGGUAAUGCACCCACAACUCUCUGCAACAGAACAGACACAUAUGACAGCAGUGCAACGUCAAGCCCAGUCUCUUUCAGAAUUAAUACUGAGAACUCUCUACUAGAGAUACAUCACCAGUCGAAGCAGGCCUGGCUUCCCGUGUGUGAUGCAAGAUGGAACUCCUCGCUGGGUAAACUGACGUGCAGAUACAUGGGACGUAUUAAGUACCUGAAUUCCAGUAUAAUAAGUGUGAGUGAGAUUGGACCCAACUACACACAAGGAUUUGCUGAAAUCACUGAUGGACACAACAGAAAUUUAGAGAAGAUCUGGGGCUACAGGGCUAGCUGUGCAUCUGGAAAAGUAAUAAAACUGAAAUGCUCUGACUGUGGGGAGAAGCAUGACUUUUCCAUGAUCGUUGGGGGACAGGAAGCCAAAAUGGGGAACUGGCCCUGGCAGGUCACAUUGUACAAUAACUACCAACAUAUGUGUGGAGGCUCCAUCAUUAACCGAUACUGGAUCAUAACUGCAGCACACUGUGUAUACAGGUCACCCCAUCCCUACAGCUGGUUGGUGUACGCUGGCAUUCUGGAUAGGCAGGUCAUUCUGUUCAGCAGUGUCACCAGCUAUUCAGUCGAGAAAAUCAUUUACAACGAUAACUAUGAUGACGACACGCAUGACUCCGACAUCGCCCUCAUGAAGCUAAAAAAGCCAGUGGAGUUUUCAAAUACAGUAAGAGCAGUUUGCUUGCCACCAUACAAUCAACAGUUCAUACCGGGUAAACAGUGCUGGAUAACCGGCUGGGGUCAUGCAAAAAUAGAUGCUUAUCAAACAGAAAAUACUUUAAAGGAAGCUUCUGUUCCACUCAUUAGCACCAAGAUGUGUAACAGCAGCUGCAUGUACAAUGGUGCCAUAUCUUCCAGAAUGUUCUGCGCAGGUUAUAAGGCGGGUAAAGUUGAUGCAUGCCAGGGAGACAGUGGUGGCCCUUUGGUCUGUGAGAAUGUCCAAGCGUGGCAUUUGACCGGAGUAGUGAGUUGGGGCAUUGGCUGUGCUGAAGCCAAUCACCCGGGAGUUUACACAAAAGUGUCCGAAUUCCUGGAUUGGAUAUACAGCACCAUUGAGCGCUUCGAUACAUCUGCCUCUUAAAAAAGAUUCUCAAAUCUUCUAAACAACGAUGAGGAAGUUAAUGCAUAGAAGAAGACCAGCCAGUGACUCAGAGAGCUGAAGGGCUCACACAAAUGCCGUUUCCUGACUUUAGAUCUGGAGAAAUUGUGUGGGUUAUUUUCUUACUAUGAGAAAAGUAAGAAACAAAAUAUGACCCUAGGCUCACUGAGUGAGUUAAUUUGUGCGUAAGUUUUUGUUUAAAAUGUGCCCAGUAAUCUGGUUUUCCCAUAAUGGGACAUUAGAGUACACAAUGCAGUCAGUUAUAGCCUCCAUCACUAUAUCCUUUUUAAAAAAAACUGUUCUUCACACAACUGAAACCCAUUAAAUGAAUAAGGUUUGAUACAUGUUAGCUGCUUGAGUCUGAGCACUUUGACAUUCACCUCUUUAAAAAUUGGAAAUUAAAAGACAUUUUUGCAAACUUCACAAAUCUACUGUUUGAGAUUCGUUCUCCAUUUCCAGCAGAAGUUUUUGAGAAUGUUGUAGGCAAGGCGCAUGCAGCAUGGCCAUCCUUAACAAUUACUUGACAAUGUGAAAUUACACUAAUUGGUAUUGUUACCAAAAACCCUGGCUUUAAGUACCUUGGAACUUUCUUGUGAGCAUUUCACUUUCUUCACAUGUACCACAGCAAAGAGUUCUUGCUACAGAAGCCUGGUGACAAAGCAUUGUGUUUUUAACCCCACUGUGGAUAGAAAACGUGGAGCAUGUUAAACCUAUAUCCAUUGGAGUUUAGAAGAACAAGAUCUGAUUUUAUAGGAACAUAUGAGAUCUUGAGGGAACUGGAUAGAGUCAAUAUCCAACAUAUGUUUCCUUUUGGGGGAAAACCGAAAUUCAAGGACAUAAUUUAAGAUUAAAAGGUCUUCCUUUGAAGCCAAAGAUUAGGAGAUUUAUUUUUCUCUAAAAGGGACAUCUGGUAGCCAUCUGAUCGCACAAUAGAUAUACAGGCCUUUUGUGCAUCCCUGAUUUUCAGAACUCCAUUAUUGGUGGCCAUACCAUCAGAUGUAGAGGUUAAUGUUCUCUAUUUCCAAAUUUAUCUCUCUCUACCUCUUGUUCCUCCUUUCAAAUGCUCAUUUUUUUGCCCAGGAUUUUGAUCACCAGACCUAAUAACUUUACAAGAACUCUCUGGAAGGCAAUGGAAACAGGGUCAGUGAAUAAUUUUAAGACAGAAUCAGUUAGAUUCUUGAUAGACAGGGGAAUCGAGGGGAGAUGGGUAUGUGGAAUUCAAAACACAAUUAGCUGUGACCUUAUUGAAUGGAAGGGCACUCUUAAGGAAACUAAUGGCUUACUACUGCUCCCUUUUCAUAUGUUCUUGGCUCAAUGUCAAUUUACAUGUGAUUAUGUUCCCGUAACAUUUUAAUAUGUUAAAGGUUUUCUAAUGAUUAAAAAUACAUGUGAUAACUGUAGUCAAUAACAAUUUAAUUACUAUUCAUAUUAAUGGACAGCACAGUGGCUCAGUGAUUAGCACUGCUGCCUCACAGCGCCAGGGACACAGGUUUGAUUCCACCCUUGGGUGACUGUCUG